GGCGGUGGGGGGGCGGUGGUGGCAGCGAGAGGUGCCAUGGCCCCCACGCCCGCGCUGCGCCUCCAGCUCCUGCUCCUGGCCGCGGGGGCACUGGGCGCCCUGCUGUGCCAUGCCAGCAGCCCAGUCACUCUCCCUGAAACCCUGCUCUUUGUGUCCACACUGGAUGGAAACCUUCACGCUGUUAGUAAACGGACAGGGGAGAUCAAAUGGACCUUAAAAGAAGAUCCUAUUAUCCAGGUUCCAGUCUACCUCACUGAGCCAGCCUUUCUGCCUGAUCCCAAUGACGGCAGCCUCUAUGUUCUGGGUGGGAAAAAUAAAGAGGGCUUAAUGAAACUCCCCUUCACUAUUCCUGAGCUAGUUCAGUCCUCUCCAUGCCGAAGCUCUGAUGGAAUAUUGUACACAGGCAAGAAACAGGAUCGAUGGUUUGUGGUGGAUCCCAAGACCGGAGAGAAACAGACCACGCUGACCACAGACGCAUCGGAGAAUAUCUGUCCCUCCACCCCCUUACUCUACAUUGGGCGGACAGAAUACAUGAUCACCAUGUAUGACACUAAAACUCGGGAACUUCACUGGAACGCCACGUACUAUGACUACUCAGCUCCUUUAUGUGACGAGAAUGGAGACUACAAAAUGGCUCACUUUGCAUCAAACGGCGAUGGCCUGGUGGUGACUGUAGACAGGGACUCUGGAGAUGUAUUGUGGAUGCAGAACUACGGCUCCCCCGUGGUGGGGAUGUACAUCUGGCAACAGGAUAGCCUGCACCGCGUAGCUCACCUCAACGUUGCCAUGGAAACCCUGCGCUACCUCACGUUUAACUCACAGGACAUCCGGAUGAUUAAAUGGAAAUACCAGUUCCCAAAAGCGCCCUCCACUACCAAGACCCAAUUGGUCCCAACCUUGUACGUGGGGAAGCACGCCUCCGCUUUCUAUGCUUCGUCUUCACUUGUCCAUGAGGGUGUGGCUGUGGUGCCUCGUGGGAUCACUAUCGUGCGUAUUGAUGGCCCCACAACCGAGGAUGUGACCUUGGCAGAGAGCGGGGAGUGUGAGAUCAUCCCCAGCACCAACGUCAAAUAUCCCCAGGGAAGCACCUUCUCCUCCGGGAACGUGAAGAGCCAGUGGCUGCUGAUAGGUCACCACCAGCUGCCUCCAGUGGCACACACCACAAUCCUGAGGGCAUUUCCUCACCCGCUGAAGAAGAACACAGAGACUGUCAUCACCACAAAGACCAACAGCCACACACUCGAUGAUUUUAUGACCCACCCUGACAAGAUCCCGUCAAGCAUGACUAACCAGAGGCCUCGAAUGGAGAGGGAUGUGAAGCCAGAGCCUACAACUGAGGUGGUGCCUGAAUCAGGUAACCAGGACAUCCUGACCAUGACCAUCAUCACUGUGAUAGUCGGGGGCUGGCUGCUUUUUCUGAUCAUCUACCCAAAGAGGAUUCAACAGCAGCAGAAGCUGCAGCAACAGCAGCUGGAGCAGCAGCUGGAGGAGAGGUUCCAGCGCUUCCAGCAGCAGCCCCCAGCCUCCCCCGCAAGGCACUCGGGCGAGCAGCUGAGGCCAGACCUGACCCCUGACAGCUCUCAGGAUAGAUCCCUGAGUAGCACCUCCCUCUCUCAGGACAGCAGUGGCCAGUCAUCACACAGAUACUCAGGCCACAGCUUAGACAACGGCACUGCACUGUACGAUAAAAUUCUGUCCGAUAAGGAACUUGACCGGGUUAUGAUUGGAAAGAUCUCCUUCAAUCCUAAGGAGGUGCUCGGUCACGGAGCAGAAGGCACCUUUGUGUUCAGAGGCUGCUUUGAUGACCGUAAUGUUGCAGUGAAAAGAAUCCUCCCCGAGUGCUUCAACUUUGCCGAACGCGAGGUUCAGCUCCUUCGCGAGUCCGACGAGCACCCCAACGUCAUCCGCUAUUUCUGCACCGAGAAGGACAAGCAGUUCUACUACAUUGCCAUUGAGCUGUGUGCUGCCACACUGCAAGAGUACGUGGAAGGCCCAAGGCUCGACCAUCUUAACCUGGAUCCAGUGAUCAUGCUCUUUCAGGCCAUGUCUGGCCUUGCUCAUCUGCAUUCACUUAACAUUGUCCAUCGUGACUUGAAGCCUCGCAACAUCCUACUCUCCCUACCCAACUCUCAUGGCAACAUCAGGGUUGUUAUCUCAGACUUUGGUCUGUGCAAGAAGCUGUCUGUGGGUCGGCACAGCUUCAGCCUGCGCUCCGGGAUACCAGGCACCGAGGGCUGGAUUGCGCCAGAGGUCUUGCAAGAGGAGCCAAAGGACAGGCCCACCUUUGCCAUAGACAUUUUCUCAGCCGGCUGCGUCUUCUAUUAUGUUGUUUCGAAAGGGAAACAUCCUUUCAGUGACACACUCCAUCGCCAGAGCAACAUCCUCCUGGGCACGUACUGUUUGGACCAUUUCAAGGAGGAGAACCAUGAGAACGUUGUGGGGAAAGACCUGAUUGAACAAAUGAUCAGUGGUGAUCCACAGCAGCGACCCUCCGCCCAGCACGUCCUCAAACACCCUUUCUUCUGGAGGAGAGAAAAACAGCUGCAGUUCUUCCAGGACGUGAGUGAUCGAAUCGAGAAGGAGCCAGCAGAAGGGCCCAUCGUGUUCAGGCUGGAGUCCCGUGGAAGAACGGUGGUGAGAACAAACUGGAGGAUGCACAUCUCUAGCCCUCUGCAAAUGGACUUGAGAAAGUAUCGGACUUACAAGGGAAACUCUGUGCGAGACCUUCUGCGAGCCAUGAGGAAUAAGAAACACCACUACCACGAGCUGCCCCCAGAGGUGCAGGAAACCCUGGGCGAGGUCCCCGACCAGUUUGUGCUGUACUUCACAUCCCGCUUUCCUAACCUGCUGCUUCACACACACUCAGCCUUGCGAAUCUGCAGCCACGAGCGGCCCUUUCACCCCUAUUACCACCAGUCCUCUGGAGACUGCAUGCAAUGAUCUGCCCUGGGGAGUACUGGAACUGUAAUGUCUGUGCUUUAAUCAUCGCGGAACCACGUUCAAGACUUUUUAAGAGCCAGGAUGUGGGAAGAAGGUCCAGAGAAGGACAUGUGUCUGUUGUGGAACGGUUGAAAAGUGGUCUUAAUAGCAGAAUGCUUUUACAUGGUGUUUGGUUCACAGAACACCCCUGAUCAGUGCACCAGUGCACGUCCCCUUAUUCAUAUCAGGACAUGAAGUGGGAAUUAAUGUCAGUGAAAAACGUCAUUGUACUGAUGUGUGCAAUGUAACCCAUGCUCACAAUGUUUACUUAAAAAGCGCACACUGGAGAGAGGUGAUCAGGUAAGUACAUAAUGUAUCGAGAGAGAAGGACACAUACACACAUGUUUUCUGUAAGGUUUUCAUAUCCACAAUGGGGGCUGGUCCCAGUUAGUGUGGAUAUCAGGCACUCGCUCGUGUUGAAAUCUGGGUUGCUCCAAUGAAUCUGCUGACACAAUCUACUCCACCCCAUGAGUGCUAACUGGGUUCCUGCUGCAGGCUUUAGCUUCAAGUGCAAAGAUAUGAUGAUGAUCAUCAUCAGUAGGGAAAACAAUAGUGACCAAAGGAUAGUCAACUUUGUUCUGCCCAAUGGGUUCCAGAGCCGGUUUCUCUGCAGAAAAUGCACCCAGGCACACUGCUGAGCAGAGGCAAGCUGCUCAGUCACACAGAGACACAAUCAUGGCUGGAAUCAGGUUAUCAGGAAGAGCCAUCAUUUAAGAAAACUACUGUAGAAUGAUGAGAGCAAAUGGGCUGCUGGAUCUUCUCAAUGUCAGUCUCACUAAAACCUGUGCCCAUUCCAGGACCUCCUAGUGUCUGAGCCAAGGACUGUGUGUUCAUACUACAGCCACUGCCCCCUCUUCACCCCAGAUUAGCAAAGGCCAACUGUUGUUGGCUGCAUGGAGAGGAGGGCAGACGAGCAGGUGAAAUGAUCUUGUUUACACAGUAAUUAUGAAUGGACAAGUGGAAUUUUGUAUCCUGCAAACUCUCUGAACGGCCAUCAGAGAGAAAAGGAUCCUGGAGGCCAAAGCAUUAAGAUUCCAAAGGAGGUCUUUUUUUUAAUAAAAUAUAUUUUUUCAAAUGAGGAGAAAAUCUUUUUAUUACACUUUGGAAAGCAAGAGUAAAUGAUAUUUCUACAGCACCCUUCACAUGGGGCAGCGUCUUUGAGCAGGCCAGUGUACGAUGGUGAAACCAGCAAGCUGUCUCACAUCGGCCUACGACUGACUCAUUCGUGCAGGAUACAUGGGAAGCGACAAUGGGAGGAGCAGCCAAGGACAUUGCCAUUUCAGCCACCGUCUCCCAUUUUCAGACAGAUGAAUUCACAUGUAUGAGAAAUGGUUCAGUGAGUGAAGGGAACUGAGCUCUAAACCUAUUGCAGUUUGAUCUCUCUCGCUCUCCACUCCACAUGAAAGAGGACUGCAGUGCCUAGCAUGGUGCAGCCACAUUAUCCUGGGCACUAUUGGGAUGUGACUAUAUCUUCACGUUAUCACCAACUCAUUUAGGAAUUGGAGGACAGAGCCGGUGCCAGCCUGCCUGGUGAUCAUGUUUCUGGCAGUGAUGGUACUGUAGUUCUGGGUGGAUGAUAGACUAGCAAUGAUGUUAAUGCAAUAAUUGUAAGUUAUAGUGCCAAAGGCUGUGUGAGGAGGGGGUGAUCUGGCCUGGGGUUGAUGAAGUGGGUGGGGUUAGGUGCAAUAAAGGGCUUAUAAGGGUUUCUAGAACACUGGAGUGGGUAUGAAGUGCAUUGGUUUUAAUGUGAAGGUAGAGGGCAACUCCUCCCUGGACUGUUUGUUCAGUAUAAAGCACGCUCACCACUUGUUACUGCUCUGUGGGGCCUGCGCCUGAUGACUGAGAGGUGGAAACAACAGCGUGUUGAUCAGUUUAUACGGUUUAAAAAUGACCUUAACCACAGUUGUGUGUAGUCACUGUUUCCCAACACUCAGCAACAACCUCCCUUCAGACAAGGGCUCACAACCAGGGUAGCACCUGGACACAGAGCUCCUGUACCUGCAGAGCAGCAGUAUGCUUACAAACAGGUGGUGGAAUGGAGCUUUAGCUGAGAUUAAUGUACUUGGCCUCCUGCAUAGAGCAAAGGUUUAAAACUCUUUCAUGUACUUGAAUUUAUUUAAGUUGUAUUUUUUCAGAUGCUAACUGUGCUUGUAAAUAAUGGUGGGGAAAUGUUUUUUAUUGGAAAUCUGAGUGUAAAAUACAUUACUAAAUGAU